AUGGUCUUUCCUCGGCUCGUCGGUACGGUCGUGGUCACGACGGCCCUUGCGAGGGGGUCAUCACGUCGGCCAUCGGCUUCCAUUGCCAUCAAGCGGGCACCGCGGUCGGUACAACGCCUCCGCCUCGGCCUCCGUCGGGCAGGCUCACAUUCCAGAGGCCAUGUUCACCUUGCUCUCCUCAAAGUCAAGCGAAGCCGCAUGAUGCACUGUUGCCAGGUCAGCCUUUGGCUUUCGCCUGCCGUCGUGUUCGCUGUUUUGGCCAGGUCACCUCCUCGGCUCGGUCUCACGUUGCGGCUCCCCCGUGGACAGCAUUCACGCCUGCUGGCGUCCAUUUCGGCUCACGUCUCCGUCGGGUUCAAGCCGGUGACUGUGACGGUGAUGCGUUGA